ACCAAAGCCUUCACCACAGCUGCCUUACAGCACCACCUCCAGGCUCCCUAACACUGCACUCUGGAUCCCUGUUGUCACCAUGCUAGCCCGUGGGAUCACUGCUCACCGCAUCAGCAAGACCAUCACCUUGUACCUGAAUGAGACGGCCUCACCUAAACCCUCCCCUGGUCAUCUGUCUGCCCUGAACGAUGCAGCCAGCACCUCUCCAUCCCCAGCCCUUACCCCUGCCCCAACCAAGCCCCUGCUGCUGAUGCUGCCCUGGUUGGGGUCGCGACCUCAGGCUGUGGCCAAGUACUGUGAGAUCUAUUUCCGUACAGGCUUCGAUGUGCUCAUAGUGGAGAGUGAGGUAAGGAAGGGGCAACGUCAUGGGUGGGAAAUAUGUAACAAUUUAAACAUUCUGUUUAGAAUGCUCCUCUCUAUGGUCUCCUUUCUCUCUAAAAUACCUCUCCUAUCCCCUCUCCUCUACCCUAGGUGAGUCAGUUCCUCUGGCCUCGCUGGGGCCUGGAUUACGGGGCGAGGGUACUAGAUGUCCUGCAGAGUGACCGUUUUGUGACACGCCCCCUGCUCGUGCACGCCUUCUCCAUAGGAGGGUACACCUUCACCCAGCUGCUGGUGCAUGUGUCCCGCGACACACAGAAGUACUACGGCUUCACUCACAGGAUCAGAGGCCACAUAUAUGACAGCCUAGUGCUGGGCUCACUGGAGAGGAUGGCUACAGGUGAGUCUGGGGGACAGGGGUUACCGUUAGAGGAUACCGACCAGGUGUAACACAUCUGACAGCCUAGUACUGUCUAGUACAGCCUGGUUAGAGGUUAUAAAGCUAACCAAAGAGCUGACGUUGUCCUUUAUCAUCAGGCCAUUUAUACUGAACAAAAAUAUAAACGCAACAAUUUCAAUGAUUUUACAGUUCAUAUAAGGAAAUUCAUUAGGACCUCCGAAUGAGUUUUCCCCCCAAAAAGGGCUUUAUUACAGACAGAAAUACUCCUAAGUUUCAUCAACUGUCCGGGUGGCUUGUCUGAAGAUCCCGCAGGUAUGGAAGCCGAAUGUGGAGGUCCUGGGCUGGCGUGGUUACGUGUGGUCUGCGGUUGUGAGGCCGGUUGGACAUACUGACACAUUUUCUAAAACGACGGAGGUGGCUUAUGGCAACAGCUCUUGUGGACAUUCCUGCAGUCAGCAUGCCCAUUUGCGCGCUCCCUCAACUUGAGACAUAUGUGGCAUUGUGUUGUGACAAAACUGCACAUUUUAGAGUGGCCUUUAAUUGUCCCCAGCACAAGGUGCACCUGUGUAAUGAUCAUGCUAUUUAAUCAGCUUUUUGAUAUGCCACACCUGUCAGGUGGAUGGAUUAUCUUGGCAAAUGAGAAAUGUUCACUAACAGGGUUUAUAAACAAAUUUGUGCACAAUUUGAGAGAAAUAAGCUUUUUGUGCGUAUAGAAAAAUUCUGGGGUCUUUUAUUUCAGGUCAUGAAACAUGGGACAUGUUGCGUUUAUAUUUUUGUUCAGUAUACAUUUUGUAAUUGAUUAUCUUCUCAGGUCUAGGUAAGAACCUGUUCCCCCGGCUGGAGAGCCUGGUGAAACGGGCCAGUAUGCUCUACUUCAGAGCCUUCAAACACCACACAGUCGACUACUUCAACACCGGCAUCGAUGUCUUCUGGAACAACCCUGUCACCGCACCCGCGCUCGUCUUCUUUUGCCAGAACGACGCACUGUGCGACCCGGAAGGCAUGGAGGAGAUCAUCGCCUACUGGAGGAAACGAGGGAUGGAGGUGACAGACAGGAAAUGGGAGGAGUCAACACAUGCAGGCCACCUGAGACGACACCCCCAGGAGUACCUGUCCACCUUAGAGACAUUCCUAAAGAGUCUCGGUAUGGUCCCUCUCAAGGCCAAGAUG